AUGGUUCAAUUCCCAGCUUUUGUCAAUGGUCAACCACCAGUAGUCUCAUUAAAAGAAUAUGAUGAUGCAGAAUGGGCUCAAGAAACUGCAGUUGAUAAUACACCAGAUGGUUAUGUUGCAGUUAAUAUGAAUACACAAAAAAUUGUUGCUAAAUUUGAUAAAGAAUCUGAAAGUACUUUAGAUACAAUUUUUAAUAGUGCUAAAAAGCAAUACGUUUCUGAAAAUUUAGAAGAUGUUUUGAAACAAGGUGGUAAGAAAUAG